AUGUCAAUACGUACGACACCAGAGGAACUGGGCGCGCUGCAAUACGUACCCGAGCGCAUUCGCAAUAUCUGUAUUCUAGCUCAUGUUGAUCAUGGCAAGACGACACUCAGUGACAGUCUCGUGUCCGCCAAUGGCAUCAUCUCGGAACGACUUGCUGGCAAGAUUCGUUAUUUGGAUAAUACUGAGGAAGAGCAAAUCCGUGGCAUUACGAUGAAAUCCAGUGCCAUUUCAUUACUUUAUCAACCAAAAGUUAUUCCUGAGAAGGAACCGGAAGCACCAUAUCUCAUUAAUCUCGUGGAUUCUCCAGGUCAUGUGGACUUUUCCUUUGAUGUGUCUACUGCAGUGAGACUUUGUGACGGAGCUUUAGUACUUAUUGAUGCAGUUGAAGGUGUCUGUGCUCAGACUCAUGCUGUGAUCCGUCAAGCUUGGAAGGAAGGCAUUCGACCAUGUCUUGUUAUUAAUAAGAUGGACCGACUUAUUUUUGAAUUACAAUUCUCACCUAUGGAGGCCUAUCAGCGACUUAAUCGCAUCUUGGAACAAGCCAAUGCAAUACUAAGUUCAAUGAUCAGAAUGGACGUAAUGAAGAAAUACGAUCAAGUGAAUGUUAGGGAUGGAGAAGAGAGUGGAAACGAGAUGGAGGUGAAGCUAGAUGAUGAAUCGAUAUUAAAAGAGACAGAGCAGCGGGAAAACGAAAUGCUGUUUUCACCCUCGAAUGGUAAUGUCAUUUUUGCUAGCGCCACUGAUGGAUGGGCCUUUGGAAUCGGACACUUUGCUGCUCUUUAUGCGAAAAAAUUAGAGCUACCGAUUCGUGUGUUACGUCAAGCGCUGUGGGGAGAUUUUUACUAUAAUCACAAGACAAAGCAGAUUGUGACAAAGCCACCAACCGCCACUAGUCAGACAAUGUUCUGCUCGUUUAUUCUCGACUUAGUUUGGUCGACGUACACGACGAUGGUGAAUCCGGCCACAUCGGACGAAGACUUGAACACGCUCCGCAAACUCACGCGACAGCUUCGGGUUGCAAAAUUGGUCACGGACCGCGAUUUAAGGCAGACGGAUCGGAAGCUUGCCAUUCGAGCCGUUAUGCGUAAGUGGCUGCCGUUGUCGCCAACAGUGCUGAAGAUGGUCACUCGCGUUUUGCCAAGUCCUGUGACAGCUCAAGUAAAGCGGGCCGAAAAGCUGUGCACCAUCUCUCCAGAACACGAAAAUUCAUUGAAGCACGCGCAGGUUUUUCUAUCGCUGAGAUCAUGCGAGACUUCGGAAGACGCACCACUGAUCAUUUACAUUUGCAAGGUGAUUUCGGUGGAAGCCAACGUACUGUCGGAUUACCAUCAAUCUGGGCUUGCUGCCACUGAUGAAGUUUAUGUUGGUGUCGGUCGCGUCUACUCUGGUGUCCUUCGAGAAGGCCAACCUGUGUAUGUGAUGAACCCAAAAUUUCAGGGUGUGUCUGGAGUUGGUGACGUUGAUGCUGUGGAUUGGAGCGCCAUAAAGCAUGUAGCCCGUAUUGAUAGCGGGUUGAUCAAGCCUUACAUGAUGAUGGGUCGAGAUUUGCACAAAUUGGACCGCGUGCCGGCAGGAAACAUUGUGGGAAUUGUUGGUCUACAGGAGCAUGUACUAAAGACGGCUACACUGUCUUCCACACUGGCUUGCCCUUCUCUAACGAAAAUGCCAUAUCAAGCGAAACCGAUCGUGCGUGUGGCUGUAGAGCCAGAGGAUCCACGCAAUUUUGGUGCUUUGGAAGCCGGUCUGCAGCGGCUGUAUCGAUCCGAUCCUACUGUCGAAGUUCAUGUCCAAGAAACUGGAGAACACGUUAUUGUGGCGCUGGGAGAACUUCACCUAGAACGAUGCAUAAAGGAUCUAAAGGAACGCUUCGCCAAGGUCGCGGUACAAGUCUCAGAGCCAUUGGUUGGAUUUCGAGAAAGCAUCGUUGAUGGAGCGGUCUCUUCGUUCCAGGAGAACAUCGUGUUCAAGGAGUUUCUCAACCCUAACGACGAGUCGUGUGACAGACAUGAAAUCACAGCCAGUAGUGAAUCUAAGGUUGCUCUGGGAACGACCCCAGACGGUAGUUUGACACUAAAGCUGCGGGUGCUUCCAUUGCCUCUUGAGACAUCGAAGUUAUUGGAAGACAGUGCACCACUAUUAAAACGCAUUGCACUUAGUAAGAAGACAGCUGAUGAAGCAGGUGGCGAGGUAGCUAUUGCAGAGAAUGAGGCUCUUGCGGAAGAUGUUUUGGCUUUUAAGAAAAAGGUGGAAGAAUCACUUCGAACGAGUGAAAAUGCUUUCCUGAAAGCACUUCUUUUGGACCGAAUUUGGAGCUGCGGCCCGCGACGAAGUGGCCCGAAUGUGUUGAUCAAUAACAUUCCGGACUUCCAUGCAUCUGACUAUCUAUUCUUAUCCAAUUCCGUAGUUCCUGUCCAGAACUCGGAGAAGGCCGAACAAAUCAAAAAGAUGGAGAACAGCAUCAUGACGGGUUUCCAAAUGGCCUCAUCAGCUGGACCCCUGUGCGAUGAGCCUGUUUGGGGAGUAGCCUUUAUCAUUGAAGAUGUCGUUUUCCACAGCAACCAGAAUGACGAGGAAAAGUCUGGGGACAAGAAGACUGACUCAAGCAAGUACGGUCCGCUUAGCGGACAGGUGAUUUCUACAAUGCGCAUGACAUGCCUCAUGGCCUUUGUGAAGCAGCCCGUACGCCUGGUAGAAGCUGUGUAUGAGUGCACUGUGCAGUGUCAAGCUGAGCAGCUCGGCAAGCUAUAUAGCGUGAUCUCGAAGCGGCGCGGCGAUAUUUACUUGGAAGAGCUGUCCGAUGGUACAGCACUUUUCACAGUGAAAGCUUACAUGCCAGUCGUGGAAAGUUUUGGAUUUGCCACAGACUUGUUGACUCACACAUCCGGCGCGGCCAGCAACCCGCAACUCGUUUUUUCACAUUGGAGCAUCAUAGAUAUGGAUCCAUUUUUUCAACCACAGACCGAGGAAGAGCGUGAAGAUUAUGGAGAGCGGGUGUAUGAGCAUAAUUAUGUGAGACGAUACAUUGAGGCAGUGCGCAAGCGAAAGGGUCUGUCCUGUGACGAGAAAAUCGUCACUCGUGCUGAAAAGCAACGCACACUAAAAAGGUAG